GUGGUUGAUGAUAUCAUUGAUGGUAUCAGUGCUAAGGAGGUGGUGUUAGUUUGACCAUCUUUUUUUCUUUAGUCCUUCUGUCUUCUGUUUCUCUUUUUUGCAGUGUAAUAACGCUGGUGACGUCUAAGUGGGAUUCAGUCUGAGCAGCGACACUCAGAGAGGAUCGACGCUCAGCACACAGCUGCAGCAGAAUCAGUGCACAUUAGUCUCCGCCUCUUCUUCCACACAGUAUGGCGUUCGUUAUUGAUGUCCCUGCACAACCUGUCAUCAUUGAACAAGCUCCGCCUCCUGUAGUCUUCCAGGCUCCACCUCCACCUGUCAUCAUUGAACAAGCUCCGCCUCCUGUAGUCUUCCAGGCUGCACCUCCACAAGUCGUCAUUGAACAAGCUCCGCCCCCUGUAGUUGUCCAGGGUCCUACUGCUGUGGUGAUGCAUGCUCCUAUGAAAUCAUUACCUGUAUCAAUGACAUGUGGCUACUGCAAGCAGAAGAUUGUCACCUCCACCAAAGCCGUUAGUGGACUCCUCACCUGGGCGGUUUUUGGGACACUCUUAUUCUUCUGCAUCUGGCCUUUCUGCUUGAUUCCUUUUUGCGUGGAAUCCUGCAAGGACAUAGAACACAGCUGCCCCAACUGCCACAACGUCCUCAAGGUCUACAAGCGGAUUUGAGACGUUCUGCAGAAGAGAGCCGGAGAACCUGGAAAACACCAUUGACUGGAAUUAAGGCUGUAGAAAUAUUAAAUCAAGACGAUCUAAUCUUUUUUUUUCAUUUUAUGUGUUUAAAAAAGUUCAGAAUCAAUAUUUUUUUUUCUUUCUUCAUUGUGUUUGCUCUCAUUUGUGGAAAAUAAUUUGAAUCAGAUUUAUUAGUUAAAUCCCCAGCAAUCUGAAAACAAACUUUACAUUGUUGUCUGGAUUAAGAGGCCCUGAAACCAUAAUAUCAUCUCAUUUCAAAGGAAACUUACAGUGAAGUAACAUAGCAGUAGACGUCAUGAAUAAACAAAAUGGAUUAAUAUUCAGUACUGCAACCAGCCACUAGAGGGCAUCAGAGACACUCGGGCUUCACUUCUGUAUCUGUGCCUUGCUUAGUUAUAUGCUGAAAAGAAUAAGUCCAAAAUAAAGAUGUUCUUGUUAAA